AUCCUCACACUUCAAUGCCCACAGUGUGAUUGGUGUCAAAUCCUGACACUACAGGAUCCUUACUCCAGGAUGAGUGUAUUCCUUCAUCUGUUGCUCCUUGUUCCUUCUGUUGCUGGUGUUAGUUUAUCACUGACAAGUGGAGAGGUUUGUGAAGGAGCUGUUGCUACUUGGACCUGUGUUGUUAAUAAUUCUUACGAUGGGGUUUCGGUAGCAUGGCGUAACAAUGGAGAAAUUGCAUAUCCACUUAACACUUUAGCUCCACUGGGACCAGAUAGUCCAUUUAAUGCUACACUCACUUCUAUUAAUAGCAGUACCAUCAUAUCAAUAGCAACUGCUACAGUAACCGAUAUCGUAAAUGGAUCAUUACUGGAGUGUUCUGACAGUCGCUUUAACUCUCCUUCUACAAAUGUUACUCUAAUUUUAAAACAUCCAGAAGCUGCUAAUCUUAGCUCACCUGUGUUUCAUGAUGAUGGUAUCAGGGUCUCUUGGAGUGGAGCUACUUGUUUAUCAUCACUUAGUCUCUCAGUCCAUCUCUCAUCAGUUUAUGAAGUUGAUGUGAAGAAUGUUGCUGGAACAACACAUUAUGAUUUUAUUCCAGUGACUUCUGGGGAGUACAGCUUUGGGUUAACUAGUGUUGAUUAUUCUGGAAAUGAUAUUGGCUCUAUGAAUAGCACAUCCAUUCCUUGGAAAGAGCCUAAAAUAUCUGUUGAUACAAAUGUUAACAACAAUAUUGCUAACUUUACAAUUAGGAACAAUGAUGAUGAACGACCUCCAGUCACUAACUGUAGCAUUACUUUUGAUGAUGUCUUGAAAUCAUGUGUCAUGAAUAAUAUUGUCAUCUUUAGCAUAACGCCAGGAGCUAAGCACUCUUACAAUAUCACUGUUACUAAUGCUGCUGGUACAGUUAAUAUGAAUGGAGAGCUAAGUAAUGAAGUGUAUAAUACAACAAUGGAACUCAGUGCCUCUGUAGAUCCCCUUGCAGUUGCUGCUUCACCCACUGUUCUUGGAGUAUUAAUAAUAUUGUCUGUUUGUUGGAUAUUGCUGAGGAUAUGCUGGAAGAGACAGUGGUGCUGUCCUAGGGUGUGGAGGAGUAGCUUUUGGCUGCUUUUCUUCUGCUAUGAUUGUUGUACUUAUGAUGCUGGAGUUAUCUUUUAUACAGUAAAAGGAAAGACCACUGCUAUAAAUGCAGGAUUAGAAAAUACAACUGUCGGAGGGGAGAAGGGACCUGAUACAACUCUUUAACUUUGUGUAACUUUAAGUCAAAAACUUUGCUGAUACCACUUCUGUAGUUAUCUAAAUUCACAAUGUUAAUUUACAAAAUGUAUUAAUAAUAAA